GUAAUUCGUCCUUAGCCAGGCAGACGCAACGAAUAAAUAACAAACAAUUCCGCGGCGAGGUGGAAAUGUAGCCGUAGAGCGAGCGUGAGGCGCCGCCAGCCACGCACAGAGCAGAGCUAUGAUGUCAGUCAGGACGCUAUCCAAGUGCAUCGUCACAGCGACGCAGAGGAAGAGAUGCCUGAGAUACUUCAGCUUGCACAGACUGCCCGAAGGCCAUCUGGCCUUGCAGGCAGUGGCCAAGAGGUUUGCCGCAGAUAAACUUAAACCUAUAGCUGCAGAGCUCGACAGAGAGCACAGAUUCCCCUCCGAACAGAUUAAGGAACUCGCUGAAUUGGGGCUGAUGGCUGUGACUGCUGACGAGAGAUGGGGCGGUGCAGGCCAAGACACUCUGGCCCUCGCCGUCGCCGUGGAGGAGAUCGCCAAAGGGUGCGGCGGGACCGGAGCUAUAGUCUCCAUCCAUAACUGCCUCUAUGUGGAUCUGGUCAAUAGGUUUGGCUCUGAUCAGCAGAAGGAGCAAUUCCUCAAACCAUACACUGAUGGUACACUUGGAUGUUUUGCACUCAGCGAACCAGAUGCCGGUAGCGAUGUUGGAAGUAUGCUGACGACGGCCAGACUCGAGGGUGAUCACUACGUGCUGGACGGCACCAAGUCCUGGGUGACCAGCGGCACCGAAGGAAAGGCGGCCGUCGUAUUCGCCACAGUCGACAGAUCUCUUAAACACAAAGGUAUUACCGGUUUCCUGGUGCCGAUGUGCAGCGACGGGUUGAGCCUGGGGCCCAAGGACGAUAAGCUGGGUAUCCGUGCGGCUCCCUCCUGCAACAUGUACUUGGAGGGCGUGCGAGUGCCGAAGGACGACGUGCUCGGCGAGGUGGGAGACGGAUUCAGGAUGGCGAUGAAGCAACUGGACAAGGCGCGCGUCGGCAUCGCUUCCCAAGCUCUGGGAAUCGGUCAGGCCGCCCUCGAAUUGGCCGUCGGCUACGCAUCGCAGAGGAAGGCUUUCGGUAAAUCGAUCAAUCAGAUGCAGGCUGUAAAGAUGAGGAUAGCAGAGAUGGCGCUCAGGUUGGAGUCUGCACGUCUGCUGGUGUACAGGGCAGCUGUGCUCUGCGACGAGGAGGAUCGCUCCACGAAGGAAUCCUCGAUGGCAAAGCUUGCUGCCAGCGAGGCUGCAACACAUGUCACUCAUUCCUGCAUACAAAUUCUUGGGGGCGUCGGUUACGUGACGGCGAUGCCAGCGGAGCGCCACUAUCGCGACGCCAGAAUCACCGAGAUCUACGGCGGCAUCAGCGACAUCCAGCGUCUCCUCAUCGGAGACAUCGUUAUAAAACAAUACGAAUGAUCGACGGGGUGUGGGGGGGGUGGAUUGAAUUACGGGAUGAAAUUAAAAAAAACGCACGCGCAUUUAUAAAAUAUAACACAACAUUAUUACCUAAUUUAACGUUUAAAAUAAAGAGAAUUUAUAUUUUAA